ACGGCCUCUGUGUUUGUUGUUGUUGAUGUUCGACCGACGCUCGCCGCCGACACCAGCCGCCAGCCGUUUUCCACUCAUCAUUACGUUUCGUGUAUCGUUUGCCAUGUCUAUUCCCCUGUUCCCGAGUCUGACACCCAGAGUAGUCAACGCCGCAUGGUUCAGCGUGGACAGGCCGUGUGACGACGACAAUGAAUUGACUCAACUAGAACAAGAACACCAAACUUGGCUCCAUGGCAUCGCCACCAAGGACAACGAUCUCGUUCCGAUUGGAAAACCAGCCACUGAGCAAGAGGAGGAGGAUGAAGAGGAAGAGGAAGAUGACAAUGAUGAUGACAGCAGUGACAGUCAUGAUGAAGAGGAAGAUGAUGAGCUUGAUAUGGACGACUCGUAUGAUGAGUCUCCCAAUGAUCCUCGCCUGAACAAUGGUAUUGGUGGAGCUUCAUUGCACCCUGUUCGCUGAUAUUUCUAUGACGCUUAUUUCAUUUUUUUAUUUCUACUUUGGUUUACUUUCUUUUUAAAUGUGGUGUUAAACUUAAGUUUGGUUAAGAAUGUAAUUAAAUUAUCAUAUAUUUAAAUUUGAAGAGCUGUUGUCAUUCCAUUUCAAAUUUUAGGAUUGUUCGCUAUAUCAGGAUCUGAGUCAUGACAUAUUUUCUUGAAUUAUUGUUUCCUUUGUGGUAGGAUAAUUCUUUUAACAUGAUAUCUGUUCAUAAUUCUGUUUUUAAUGUUGGAGGUCAGAUAGAGAUUCAGUGGCUUCAUUCAUGUUCCUUUCAUCUUUUUAUUAGGUUUCUACUUACUUGAAAAAUCACUUUCAUUUUUAGACAUGCCAUUCUCCGUCUCCAUUGCAACUCAUGCUCUCAUACAUUUGGAAAUGGCAUCAAAUACUUUAUUUCAGUAAAGCAUUUAUUAGCUCAUCUAUACAAAAUAUACAUGUGAUCUUAACAUAUUAGACUGUGGAACUUUUAGAAUUAACAAAGUUGAGCAGAGAUGUACUGUAGCAUUUCUGUAUACUGGCAGUCAAUCUAAGGGACUAGUAGUCACUUGGUCAAUCAGUUGCAAUAAAAUAUUCAAAAGUAACCAAA